CCGGCGCCAUUUUGAAAGUGGAGUCGCCUGCCCCUGCUGCUCCCGCCGCCGUCGCUGUUGUAGCUGCCGCCGCCACUGCUGGAGAAAAAGCAAGAGCGGGGAAGCCCCAGAGUGAAAUCCACCAUCCUGCUGGCUCGUUUGACCGCCCCUCCUUCCUUCUCCCCGGACCCCCGCCCCCAACCCCCACAGGUGCCAUCCGCCGCCAUCCGCCCUCUCUACCCCCCCAUCCCCAGGUGAGGGGGGUGAGUUCAGGAAGCAGAGACCCCGAGGAACCCAGCAGGGUCACCAUUUGCAGCGCAACAUGGCAGGAGCUGGAGGAGGGAAUGAUAUUCAGUGGUGUUUUUCUCAGGUGAAAGGAGCAGUAGAUGACGAUGUAGCUGAAGCAGAUAUAAUUUCUACAGUAGAAUUUAAUCAUUCUGGAGAAUUACUAGCAACAGGAGAUAAAGGUGGUAGAGUCGUCAUCUUUCAACAGGAGCAGGAGAACAAAAUCCAGUCUCAUAGCAGAGGAGAAUAUAAUGUUUACAGCACCUUUCAGAGCCAUGAACCAGAGUUUGACUACUUGAAAAGUUUAGAAAUAGAAGAAAAGAUCAACAAAAUUAGGUGGUUACCCCAGAAAAAUGCUGCUCAGUUUUUAUUGUCUACCAAUGAUAAAACAAUAAAAUUAUGGAAGAUCAGUGAAAGAGACAAAAGACCAGAAGGGUAUAAUUUGAAAGAGGAAGAUGGAAGGUAUAGAGAUCCUACUACAGUCACUACACUACGAGUGCCAGUCUUUAGGCCCAUGGAUCUAAUGGUCGAGGCCAGUCCACGGAGAAUAUUUGCCAAUGCUCAUACAUAUCACAUCAACUCGAUUUCUAUUAAUAGUGAUUAUGAAACAUAUUUAUCUGCAGAUGAUUUACGGAUUAAUCUUUGGCAUCUGGAAAUUACCGACAGGAGUUUUAAUAUUGUGGAUAUCAAGCCUGCCAACAUGGAAGAGCUGACAGAGGUUAUUACAGCAGCAGAGUUCCAUCCAAACAGCUGUAACACGUUUGUGUACAGCAGCAGUAAAGGAACGAUCCGGUUAUGUGACAUGAGGGCAUCUGCCCUCUGUGAUAGACAUUCAAAAUUGUUUGAAGAACCUGAAGAUCCCAGUAACAGAUCUUUUUUUUCUGAAAUCAUCUCCUCUAUUUCUGAUGUAAAAUUCAGCCAUAGUGGUCGAUAUAUGAUGACUAGAGACUAUUUGUCUGUCAAAAUUUGGGACUUAAAUAUGGAAAACAGGCCUGUGGAAACAUAUCAGGUGCAUGAAUACCUCAGGAGUAAGCUUUGUUCGCUGUAUGAAAAUGACUGCAUAUUUGACAAAUUCGAAUGUUGUUGGAAUGGCUCUGAUAGUGUUGUCAUGACUGGAUCUUACAAUAAUUUCUUCAGAAUGUUUGACAGGAACACAAAGCGAGACAUAACCCUAGAAGCAUCACGGGAAAACAAUAAACCCCGCACAGUUCUGAAGCCACGGAAAGUCUGUGCAAGUGGCAAGAGAAAGAAGGAUGAAAUAAGUGUUGACAGCCUAGACUUCAACAAGAAAAUACUUCAUACAGCCUGGCACCCCAAGGAGAACAUCAUUGCUGUAGCUACUACAAACAAUCUGUAUAUAUUUCAAGACAAAGUGAAUUAGGUUGGCAUUCCCAGCAGAAGAGCCCACUUCCUGCUUAGUUGAUAGUUGAAUCUAGCAUAUGUACCUAAAACAGAGAGAGGUCCAUUGUGGUGCCCCUUUCCAGUGUUUGACAAUGUGCCAUUCGACAACACGUGUAUAGCUACAUGGAGAAAGCUCUGUGGAUUCCUCACUGUGGUGUUCUCCAUGUCUGCUAGCCAUUUAGGUAAGGUUAGGGCACUUUUAAUUUAAAUGACUUCUUGCACCAUCUUGCCUAAUGGACUAGAUUGGACUGUAUCAACAUUGAUUUACUCCACUUUCUAUGCCUUGCAUUGUGAUGACGUCAAACACAGUGAAAGCUGUCAGUCAUGCUUAUGGGAUUUAAUUGUGUAUCCUCAUUACUGUAUCAUUUGUGGGGUACACCCCUCCCCCCUUUUUUAAAUUAAAUACAGCUCAUUCUUACUGUGGCUUGUAGCAUUCCUCCUCUCUGGCCUCCUGGACUCUUCCCUUCACGUCUCUCACCCUUGCCCCUCCACCCAGUCUUGGUGGUGGUAUAUUCAAGAAGGAACGAAAGCACACAAAAGGAGUCAGUUUGGGGUCAGUGGUAAAGGGGAGUCUAUGUUGCGAACAAAUGUUUUAGUAACAGUUGGCUGUAAUCACUCCUUGCCAUGUCUGGCACUGAAAAUAAGGGAAAAAAAAACUACUACUGAAUAAAAGUGACAAAGAAUGGAGAA